GUAUUCAUUUGCUGGGUUGCACCCGCGCAUGUCCUUCCGUGGUAAAGUGAACAUGCCUGCCAUGAAAAAUAGGCGCUCGGUGGAUAAUGCUAGGGUUGCCGGACUAAAGGAAAGAAGAGAAAAGUCGUUCUGACAAGGCUGUGGUCCCACAGCACUGAGCACUUCGCUCCACAUUAGGUAGACACCCAACAGGAGGCCGUGACACAUGGCAGACCUCAGGAUCAGAUAAACAAGAGAGGGAUAACCGCGGGGCAGAAAGACAGGCACAGCUGAGAGUUAUCCACAAGGCACACGAGACUACAGGACUCCGUACUUACGCCAGCAUUCACGGGAAAACAUGGCGGCCGUCCUGGCAAGGAGAGUGUCCGGGCUGCUGAGGCCGCUGUCCGCGUCUCUGCGUGCCAGGACACCACAGCUCUGUCAGCUCUCCACCCUGAUCCAGCCUCCGUCUCUCUACGGCGCCGCGGCAGCCGCUGCCCGCGCUCCUCUGCGGUCUACGGUGUGCCAGACACCCCGGUACAACAUCCUACAACGGGUGUCAGCUCUUGUUCCCAGUCUGACUCUGCAGCCAAGCAGAAAUCUGACGUACUACAGUCUGAAGAAGGGGAAGAGGAAGAGUGUAAAAUCUGUCACAGAAAGGUUCAUGAGGCUACACUGUGGACUUUGGAUCAGACGCAAGGCUGGAUACAAGAAGAAACUGUGGAAGAAGAAGCCUGCCAGACGAAAGCGCCUGAGGGAGAUCGUAUUCUGUAACAAAACACAGAGCAAGCUUUUGGAUAAAAUGACAACUUCUUUUUGGAGGAGGAGGAACUGGUAUCUCAAUGAUCCAUACCAGAAGUACCACGACCGGGUCAACCUCAAACUGUAAUUUUGAGGUUGUAAUUCAUGUAGUGGCAUCUUGUUUUCUGUUUGAAUAUAAUGUAAUGAUGUAAUAUACAUAAUAAAAUCAUAUGUCUUAAAUGA